UCUUCUCCCCCCCCGCCCCAGGAAAUUGCCCGAAAUCAUGGCUGGUACCAUGACUGAGGAAAACACAUGUUUAUGACCGACUGCCUUUCCCACUCGGUUGCAGGGAGCGGCUGUCAGUGCCCAGGCACUCAAGUGCUGCUUCCUCUUCUCACCUUGGCGUCGAGCCAUGCCCAGCCGGAUGCCUUUAUUCCCUACAAAGAAAUCCUCCAGAUGUACUGGGAGAAAGCAACAAGCUUUGUGAAUGCCCAAUGUGAUGGACUUGAACCCUGGCAAUUGAUUGGGCUGACAUUUUCUUCUACUCUUCUAAGUGUGUGGCUGCAUGGCUUUCUCUUCCAGUCUGAGAACAGGAUUAGCUGGACAGUGGGAACAUCUAUGAAAGAAACAAAACAAUAUGAAGCUUUUGGUUUAGCGUCCCGAACUAAAAAACAGUUCUUUAAACUCCUAAGAAAAAUGCCUUUUAUUGGGGCUAUAAUUCAAAAGAAGAUUGAUGAAGCCUUGAAUGAUGUCACUUCCAGUUUAUCCUUCCUGAAAGAUGAAAAGGAUUACAUCAAAGUGCUGCCAGAACAAGGCAUGAGCCAGCCUGAAGUAUUGGAGAAGAUGAAAGAGUACAGCUCCAAAGGAGACAUCCAUUGGCAGGAUGGGAAAGUUUCUGGGACUGUGUACAGUGGUGAAGAGAAACUCACGCAUCUGCUAGUGAAGGUGUACGAGGAGUUUGCUUGGAGUAAUCCCCUCCAUCCAGAUAUAUUCCCUGGUUUGAGGAAGAUGGAAGCAGAAGUAGUGAGGAUUGUCUGCACACUCUUCCAUGGGGGCCCCAACUCUUGUGGUGCUAUGACAUCUGGGGGGACUGAGAGCAUUCUGAUGGCCUGCAAGGCGUACCGGGACCUGGCUUAUGAGAGAGGCAUCAAACAGCCAGAAAUGUUGGUGCCAGUGAGUGCUCAUGCAGCAUUUGACAAGGCAGCACACUACUUUGGGAUGAAGCUGAUUCACAUACCCUUGACCAAGGCUAUGGAAGUGGAUGUUCAGGCAAUGAGGAGAGCUAUCUCGAAGAACACAGCCAUGCUGGUCUGUUCUGCUCCCCAGUUCCCACAUGGAAUUAUGGACCCGAUUGAAGAGGUGGCAGAGCUUGCACUGAAGUACAAAAUCCCCUUCCACGUUGAUGCCUGCCUGGGUGGUUUUCUUAUUGCUUUCAUGGACAAGGCAGGGUUUCCUUUGAAGCAUCAGUUUGACUUCCGUGUAAAAGGUGUGACCAGCAUUUCUGCCGAUACCCACAAGUACGGCUACGCUCCCAAGGGCUCCUCAGUGGUGCUGUACAGCGACAAGAAGUACAGGAGCUACCAGUUCUUCAUAGCACCCGACUGGCAAGGGGGCAUAUACGCCUCCCCCUGUGUGGCAGGCUCCAGGCCAGGUGGAAUCAUAGCUGCGUGCUGGGCAACUCUGAUGCACAUAGGGGAAUCAGGCUACGUGGAGGCUACCAAGAGGAUCAUUAAAACAGCUCGUUUCCUCGAAUCAGAGCUGAGAAAAAUUGACAGCAUCUUCAUUUUUGGAAAACCUGAGGUGUCUGUCCUCUCCAUUGGUUCGGAUACUUUUGACAUCUAUCGAUUAUCUAAUUUAUUAGCUGCAAAAGGAUGGAACUUAAAUGUCCUACAGUUCCCCUCCAGCAUCCAUCUCUGCAUUACGCAAUUGCACACAAAGCCCGGUGUUGCUGAAGAGUUCCUGAAAGAUGUCAAGCACAGCAUUGAGGAUAUCAUGCAGGACCUUGGUGCCAAGACCACAGGCAUGGGAGCCAUCUAUGGAAUGGCCCAGUCCGUCCCCGACAGGAGCUUGGUAGCUGAGAUUUCUCAGGCAUACUUGGAUGGCCUCUACAGCACGGAUGUUCCUUGCAGUGAAAAGCACAUGAAUGGCUCUCCCGGCCACCACUGACUGAAGUGCAAUGAUUUGAGUUGCCAACUGCACAGGGGUGGUUCUGAAGGCUUCCCAGAGGCAGAGAUUGCAGUAAGCCUUUGUUCCUACAAUUGCAGGUCUGAUGGUGGCUUGAGCUCAAAAACUUCCAUCUUAAGUCUCUUCCUGAAAUUGACAUCAUUUUCAUGCCCAACUUUAGUUUUGGGGCUUUUUUUUCCUUUCCCUUGCCUAUUUUUAUCAUGACUAUUGAUGGUGAAUUGAAUGUCCAUUCCACAACUCCAAAUUCCUCAGGUAUUUUGUGUGUCAUUUCAUUCCUUGUUUCUUCUCAGACCUGGUAUUCAGCCGGUGUCCAGCCAAGUGUUACAUUUGAGUUCUAAUGUUGUGUUCCAAAGCUUCAAUCUUCCCAGAAGUCAAAGGUAGAAAAAUAGACUAUUUUGUUUUCUUUUAAGUAUUCCUCCAAGCUACUGCAUUUAACAGGCUGUUCUGGGGAGCCUUCUGUCUAUAUAAUGCAAAGCUGAUAAAUUGGCAAAGAAAAGAUGGUCGUGUGCUCUUUUUGAAAUCCCCUCUGAAGAUCUCGGUGAGACUGCAAUCAAUAUCUGCUGAUGGGGAAAAAAGCCCAGCACAAAAUCCUUUCCUGGAAUCUUUUGGUUUGAAUAACAAGAGGAAUAGAAACCAAUCAGGGAGAGUAACUGAAUGGUACUGAAAAGCCUAGGUAUUUAGUAACUGUUAUGCUUCCCUGCCUCUCCCAGAGGUCAUGUAUUUGCCACCUAGAGUGCUUGUUGCUCCUUGCACAAUUCAUGUGCAAACCAGUGAUUUCACUGUUCAGAACUUGAAGGUUUUGCACUAUCUCCUGAUGCUGUAGUAGAGUCAGCCAGGGCCUGGCUCAUGUCACGGCCAGGGGCUUCAUGGCGUCAACGCUGACCUUUUUUUUUUACCACAGUCUUUUAGGAUAAAAGGGUGACUUUUCUAAUAUUAGUAAUCUGCUCUUUGCACUGAUUCUUUCAAGGCACAUUGUCAAAAGGGCAUUCACCAUUGUGCCUUGAUGCUUCUCUGGCUUUUUUUUUUGUGGGAUGCCAGGGAAGGUUUGAGGGUUCGGCUGUUGACUGCAGCGUUUCCUGCGGUUGUUUCUUUAUGGUACUAUACUGAAAAAAACAAAACAAAACUCACCUCAAAGGCAGACUGGCCUUAGAGAAAGUGUGCUGGCCUGCAAGGUAGAACAGAAGUUGUAUUGAGCCAAAUCCCUUCACAGUAUUACAAAAAUGCUGGUAUAGCUCUGCGAGGUAGGUGGCAAGGUGUAGCAGGUUGGAGGUAUGCAAGCCUUGGGCAUCUUGGUUUACCCUUCCUAUUUUUCUCUGCUGUUUUUCCAGUGAGAGAGUGUAACUGGGAAACAGUUGUGGCCUUAACGACAAGCUGGAAUCAAUAUGAGUUAAUUAACAGCUGUGGAGUUACUCCUGCAGGGCUUUCCCGUGGGUUUCCUCCCAGCUUGUUGCAUGCUACUGAGAGUUUCCUGGGCAGAGUUCAACACAUGGUGCCAUGUCAGCAGAAUCUUGUGCAGGGCAUCUGAAGGUCCCUGUCUCUCUGUCGUGGUGGGCUUGUGGUAGCCUGAAGCUGUCCCUCACUGGCACACUUAAGUGAUAGCUACACCUCAUUGAGAAGGUUACUUCCCAGCCACUGCACAAAGCAGGGCAGCAGCCCUGGGUCUGCUGACUCUGGGAAGAACACUUGCUUUUUAACAGGUUUAGUUUCAGUGCCAGGAGAUAGAAAUAUGUUGGCCAUCUGCCUGUAAAUCGAUGAUUUUAUGCAUGUCUCUGAGCCCUUCUGCAUCACAUUAGAAUUUCCUGAUUGUUUCUUGAUGGUGUUACCAGGUCUGGCAGGCAGCAUUCAUAUUGGACCUACUAAUUCUGCUACCGACUUGCCAAUGUGACCAUUACUGAUCUCUGAGUUUGCUGUACUCUGAAGACAGUCCUGAGUGUCUGGCUAAUGUGAUGGUUCUCUUUUGAACCAAGAUUUAAAACAAAACAAAAAAAAAGGGAGGUAUUAUUUUUGUUCCUGCUUUAAAAGAAAAGGAGAAAAGGGGAGGCGGACUGGGGUGGGGUUACGGAGAGAAAAACUCCCUCCUCUUCCCUGGUUUCAUUCUCCUCUGAGGAAGUAGUUGGAUCUAACUGAUCAGUGCUCCAUUUUAUAUUUUUGGAUGCAUUUGAAGAUGUUGUUUGUAAGUCAGUGUAUUCCAUUCUGGGCUUCACUUACUAGUAAUAUUUGUGGGUUUAAUUAUUUUAUGUGUAUUUGUUCUAUACUGUUAAUGUAAUCUUCUGAUUAGGAACAGGCCACUGGAAUUUUACUGGUGUAUAGUCUUUAUUUAUCCUUGUUACCUAACAUGUAAGCUGCAUCUCCUUUAUCAUGCCAAAUGGUCUUAGAAAAAUGGUGCGAUUAACAGGCUGUAUAAUUAUUUAAGAAAACAAACAGGAAGAAUUUUAUGGACUGGAUUAUGAUCUGAAACUGAAUGGUACAUUAUACUUGGAGGGAUCUUUGUGACUGUUCCUCUGAGAUUUCUGACUGUCGUGUUUUCUGAGUGAGACAUUAAAUUGAUUGAUUGUACAAAGCACUCCCAAGGGAUUUGCGUGCUCUUAGGUUCUAGACUGAAGAAUAUCCAAUGGGAUGGACCAAGAAGAGAGGUGUGUCUUCAUGCCAUGGAUUUCAUCUGCACUUUUCUGAUGACUUUUGGGGGAGGGAGGAGUGGAAGGAUUGCAUACAACACAAUAUCUUGCCCAAUAAAUGCACAUUGACUUUUUAAUGAAGAAAUGGGACGAGUUCAUCUGAUGGCAGUAUUCUGUAUUGGUGUAAUUUGCUACUGUAAAACUGUAUGCUGAAAUAGCUGAAAAGAUGGUAAAAGUGGGCCUAGUUUGUAUUAAAAUGGUGCAUUCAGCUA